UCCCCCCACCCCCACCGCCCAAACACACAAGAAAGGAGCCAGAGAGAGGCCCCAGCCGUGUUGGAGACAGCAUCUUCAGGCUGCGAGAGGCCCCCAGAAGGUUCCAGGACAGAGCAGUACUCGCGAUGCUGCCCUGCCUCCCCAUGCUUCUCCUGAUGGGGCUGUCUGCAGGCACUGUGACAGCUGACGAGGGACUGGCACUCGGAGCAGAAGCAGGGUCCUGGAUAACCUUGACCCUGGAGGAUGGUGGCAUUCACCUCCAGCUCCAGGAGGUGAAGAGGGGAAAAGCGAGCCAGUUCUUUGGGCUGAUGGGGAAGCAGGUGAGAGGAAUACCUCCUAUCCAGCCAGACAGAACAGCUCCACCACCAGAGCAUCCGCAAGGACAAAUGGUGCAGGGCCUCCUGGGCAGGGCGGGACCAUCUACAGAAGAACUCUUCCCAGGCAGAGAGGACGAGGAGCAUGGGUCAGAGUGAGCACCCCCACCGCACACUUCCCGGAGGACGAACCCGCCGUCUCCUUCCCUGGACAAUGCAGCUGACAGUCCGGCCAGGCCAACUCUCUUCUGUGCGUGUCCCCUGCGCCCGACACUGGUGUGUCCCGCCCGGCCUCACUGAACUCACUGCGCUUCCUUCUAGGACUCUCGGUCCUAAGCAAUGGUGAUGCACAAAUGCACUGUUGCUGCAGUUGUGAGCUGAAGUGACCCUGCCCUCCCUCAGUGCUCAGUCCCCAUCUCACUGCUAAGCGGGGCUGUGUCCCCCCCUGCUAUGUCUCCUGUGCCUGGAACACCGUAGGGGCUCAAUAAAC